UAGGUGUGAAAAAGUUAACUGUUUUUUGAAAGAGCUCUUUAAUUUUAAAAUUAUAAACAGUAAUUUAAUACAGUUCUUUUAGUAGAAUUAGUGUGAAAUGUGAUUAAAAGUACCCACCGGACAGUUUUCCUAGUGAAACUCACUUUAACUUCACUUCACUAUUAUCCCUUUUGCAUUCACUACGUGUCACCAGUCAUGGAUUCACUCAAAGACUCGCUGAACGCGAUGGCCGAAAUGUUUCAACAAAAGAUGGGCGAAUUCCAGCAGGGCCUGGAUAGUGCACCAACAACGAGCACGAACGCAUCCCUGGCUGCAGAGUUCAGCAGUUUCCGAACCUUCGUGCUCUCUGCCAUGAAUACGUUGCAGAGACAGGUGGAGUUCCUUGGCACAGAGGUCGAUCGUCUGGAGACGCGUAGAAGGCGCAAAAUGCUACUAGUCCAUGGAGUUAGCGAGGAGAAGUCGGAAGAUGUUACUUCGCGGGUUUGCAACGUUGUGGGGGAACAUCUUGGUGUGACUGGGUUAUCUGUUAGCUCCAUCAAGUCAUCUCAUCGUUUGGGACGUCCUUCUGACAAGAAACCUCGCCCUAUAGUGGUAAAGUUUGCAGAUGCAACAUUGCGGGAUAAGGUUUGGUUCUCUAAAACUGGAUUUAAAGGCAGCGGUAUAACUGUAUCAGAGUUUUUAACGAGGAGCCGUCACGACGUAUUUAUGGAGGCAAGGCAGAGAUUUGGUGUCAACAAGUGCUGGACAAGGGAUGGCUGCAUUCAUAUUAUAGCCCCGGAUGGUUCACGUCAUCGAGCUGAGUGUAAGGCUGACCUCCAAUGCAUACCACAGUCUUCUAAACCUCUGACUCAGGGCACUGCCAGUCUUUCCUCCAGGUCCAAAAGAACAAUCAAAAAUAAGUAACCUAUCAUUAAUCUAUAUACCUAUGUAUUACUUUUACACAAUAUUUGUGCUGCAAGCCUUUUAUAACAGCUUAUUUAUCUUGCUCUAAGUAUGUCACUAUCAUAAAGUCUAUGUUAUUGCUCUUAUGUGUAUAAUAAUUUUUAUGAACUGUAAUUUUUAAAAUAAUAGGUUGUAGGUAGGUAGAUUUAAUAGUUGUUGCUUGUGUUGUGUCAUGUGACAUGCAUGUGAUCAUGACUGACAGAUGUAAGUGUCAAUCAUUAAC